AUGACCACCCCUGCUGACAUUGCACGCGAGCUGAGUCACCUCCGAGAGAUGAUGGCUACAGGCCUAGCUGAGCUCCGUUCUGAACUCGCUGCUCUCCGCUCGGCUGACGCCUCGGUCAUGUCCCGUCUCGACGCCCUGGAACGUGUCGUCGCUGCACCCCCGUCAGACACGCCGGCUCCGCCAUCGACUGCACCCGCUUCAACCCCUGCGCCCGCUCCAACUCCUGCGCAUGCCUCACUCCCUCCGGCCGCCGCCGCCGAUGACGCCAUCCGCCACGCUGCAGAGAUCCAGGCCAAGGCGCUGUACGAUGAAGCUGAUGCCCUGCGGCAUCGAGUUCUUCCCGGCCUUUGCCACCCCAACGACUGCAAGCACCACGCUCUUCCCUUUACCUCGGUCGGUACACGCUACGUCUACCCGUGCUGCGGCGCCGAGUUCCGCCAUGCCCGCGAGGCCGAGUUUUCUCCGGGCUGUGUCCGCAGUGAGCACGCCGAGUUCCACCACAAUCGCAUCUCCUACCACACGCACACCUCGUGGCUCAGCUCCGUCCGCAAAUCUCCGCUCUCUCACGAGUGGUUCCACUUUGCCGUCCCCGAUAUCGCCUCCGGCUCGCCCAAGUUUGUCGUCGUCGGCACCUCGCGCGCCGGGCGCUCCGCCUCGGACACCACUCCGUCCAUCUUUAUCGCUGCUGGCCGCGGCCUCGCCUCUUGGGGCUCGCGCAUGGCUAUGUUCUCUGCCUCGGAUCUCGAUGCCCUUGUAUCUGCCGCUGCUGCGGCAGACACCGAACGAGCCAUUGCUCUUACCCUUGCCUCAGAGUCCGGCUCUGACUCUCAGCCGUGGUCCAUUUCGGUCAGCAUCUCCCGCGCCGCCGGCCCAGCCGCUGGCAUUGCCACCUACGUCGUCACUGCUGCUGUCGCCCUGGCCACCCUCACCGAGCCCACCCUCAUCACCUUUCCGUUCCAGGUUACCACCGACUCGCCUGCCGACGCCGACGCCGACGCCGACGCCGAAGCCGAAGCCGACACUGGUGAUGACGACACCAGCGCCACCAUCAACGCUUCCGCAUCGUUCAUCCCGCUCGCCGAUGCACCCUCAGUCUCCAACGCGCCACUUCUGCCGUCUGACAAGCUCGCCAAGCUCGACCACGACGCCCUCGCCGCCUCGAUCCCGCCGCCGCUCGUCGAUGGCACCCCGAUUGCAGACGACCCACCGCCACCGCUCACCAUCCACAAGUCUUCCGGCUCGUCCGAGCUCCGCAUCAAGGCUGCCGAGGUGAGCGAGGUCAGCCAGAGCCUCGGCUCCGACUCGUUUGUCAACUUUUUCACCAUCCCGCUCAAGAUUAUGAACCCGAGCUCGUCCAAGCUCGCUGUCGUCGAUGCCUCCGCCUUUUACCUUGAUGCUUCCGGCGCCGCCGUCCCGGUCGAGAGCCUCCAAUUUGCCGCCUCGGACGCCGCCACCUGGGAAGACUCGCUCGGCCUCACCCUCGACACUAUGGGCGUCGCCCAGAUCAAGGCGCGCCUCGGCAUCCGAGUUGCCGGCGCCUGCGGGUCAACCUAUGCGCUGCGCGCCCGCGCCGCGCCCUCGCUCCCGCAGCCACUUACCCUGCGCCUCCUCGUCGAGGACAUCAUGGGCGAGGAUGUGGCCAUCGACGUCGAGUACGCCAACUCGCAACUCGGGCUCAUCACCAAGGAGUCGUGGGAAAAGUCCAACUCGCUCGCCGCCCUCGCCUUUGUCUACGCAGACGCCUGCGCUGCCAUGACCCGCCACUACGUCGCCAUCGCUCGCGCCAACCGUGCCUACGUGCUCGCUACCUCACACAGCACUCGGUUUACCCUCGACGACGCCAAACUCAAUGUCAUGGCCUUCAACGCCCAUUGCACCAACUCCGAGGUCCUCGACUUGCCCAACAUGUCGCUCACCUCGGAUGAAGCCACCACCGAGUUUGCCGCCCUCGUUCAUGACCCGGCUCACCUUGGUCCGGUCUACGGCUUCCGAGUCACGAUCACUACCCCCGACAUGCGUCGGGUCGAGCACAUCGCACUCCCGCCCAUCCCGAGCAAGCCCGAGCUGCUCCGCCUCGACUCGUCCUCCAUCCAGCGCGGCCAGUACGCCACUUGCGCCUACCACAUCAACGAGCUGCACACCGGUGACUGGUUCGCCGUCGUCGUCGCCGGAACCUUGUCCAACAACUCGGCAGGCAGCUUUUGGUACGAGCAUCCUGACCCAUCCGCUGCGGACAGCGGCACCAUCGACUUUGUCGCACCAGACAAGCCCGGCGAGUACCGCCUCCGCUUCUUCCCCAACUCACAGCUCACGACCCACACCGUCGAGUCGGACAUCUUUGCUGUCCUGUAACUACUCACUCGUUCAACCCCUCGUUCGCCGGGACGAUCCGGCUCGACUGCGCCCGCGAAAGAUUGCGCGGCGACGACCGCGAGUCUGUUGUCGGGUUGGCUCGCCGAGCUACCUGACACGACGGGCUAGUUUUGUGGGGUAUCGCCACCGCGCUCUCGUCAUCAAGGCUGCUGGCACUUGCCUCUGCCUUGUUGACAUCGGUGUCGACAUCGAGGAGGUCACCACCUCGUCCGAGGUCGAGAUCAACGGCGAGGUGCAGUCGGUCAACAACCUGGUUGGCCACUCGAUCGAGCCGUACACCGUCCACGAGGAAAACAAAUUGUCAUGGCGCUCGCCACCAGGGCGAGUACAAGGAGAAAGAGAG